AUGCGCGGGACCCGCUCGGAUCAGGCGCUAGCCAGGGCAGCCCCGUCGCUGUGGCGCUGCGCGGGGCAGCCCCGUUGCUAUGGCAGAGGGGGGCCUUCUUUGAUAGCGGUGCGAGGGCAGCCCCGUCGCUAUGGUAACGGCGGGUUUCCAAUCAGGCGCUACGCGGGGCAGCCCCGUUGCUAUAGCAGCGGGGGCCUUCCUGAGGUCGCAGUAUGGCGGCGCCCAUGGCCGGCGCGGUGCCGGGUGAGGGUGGCGGGGCAGCCCCGGGAUCCCCGGCGGGAGCGGCGGGAGCGCGAGCGGAGCGCCGAGCACCGGGCACCGGGAAUGGCGGGAAUGGCGGACGGGCCGGGGCGCGCCGGGGCUGCCAGGGCCCGCAGCAGGUUACCAGAUCCCAUCGAGGACGUGCUCGGGGACCUCCUGGGGUUCGAUGAGCCGCCCCCCGCUCCCCGUUCCCGCGGCUCCCGCGCCCCCUUCCCGCAGGUGAGCCCCAGGGGGGGCCUGGAUGGAGAUUCCGGAGGGAAAUUCCCGACGGAGAGCGAGGAGGGGGCGCAGGAGCACCUGGAGCACCUGGAUGGGCUGGAGGAGCUGGAGGAGCUGGAUGAGCUGGAUGCAGAAAUCCUGGGAAUGGCCAGAGCCAGGAAAGGCACCGGGAAGGGAAUGGGGAAAGAUCCCAAGUUCCCUCUGGAAAAGCCGUUCCUGCAGGAGGAGCCGGGAUGUCCCAGUGCUGCCCCGCCACGUCCCGAUGUCACCUUUGGGGACGAUGUCGAUGCCCUGGUGGAUUCCCUGGGACUUGGGAGCGGCAGCGACGGAGCCGGGAAUGCACCGGGAGCAGCGGGACAGGGCCAGGGGCUGCGGCCGGACCUGGGGACCCGCGCUGGGAUCCCGGGAACGGCGGCGGGAAAGGCGGAGCUGCGGCCGGAGCUCGGGGAGCGGGAGCGGCCGGGGCCCGUGGGGAGCCGGGACCAGCCGGAUUUUGCCUUCGGAUCCUAUGAGCCCUCGGUGGCCUCAGGGAGCGAGAGGAGGCGGGGACGGAGGUUUCCAGGUGGGAGCAGCUCCCGCCGUCCCUCCGGGGCUGCCUGGCUGGGGCUGAAGGACGAGGAUUUCCUGGGACUGGGAUCCAAGGACGAGGAUUUCCCGGGAUUGGGAUCCAAGGACGAGGAUUUCCUGGGACUGGGAUCCAAGGACGAGGAUUUCCCGGGACUGGGAUCCAAGGAUGAGGAUUUCCCGGGAUUGGGAUCCAAGGAUGAGGAUUUCCCGGGACUUGUAUCCAAGAAUGAGGAUUUCCCAGGAUUGGGAUCCAAGGACGAGCCUCACCUGGGCCCAGCGGUGCAGGAGGUGCCAGGCCCAGCCCUGCCCACCCAGGGUCCUGCUCCAGCCCAGCCCCACCUGCGGCGCCCCCGGGCUCUCCCGCCCUGGCUCUGCCCCGAGCCCCCAGCAGCUGCCCCAGCCCGGAAUCGCCAGCAGGACCCGGGAAUUCUGCCAUCCCAGCAGGAUUUGGGAAUUCUGCCAUCCCAGCACCAGCAGAACUCGGGAAUUCUGCCAUCCCAGCAGGAUUUGGGAAUUCUGCCAUCCCAGCACCAGCAGGACCCGGGAAUUCUGCCAUCCCAGCAGGACUUGGGAAUUCUGCCAUCCCAGCACCAGCAGAACUCGGGAAUUCUGCCAUCCCAGCAGGAUUUGGGAAUUCUGCCAUCCCAGCAGGAUUUGGGAAUUCUGCCAUCCCAGCACCAGCAGGAUCCAGGAAUUCUGCCAUCCCAGCAGAACUCGGGAAUUCUGCCAUCCCACCAGCAGGACUCAGGAAUUUUCCCCUCCCAGUCCCAGCAGGAUCCAGGAAUUCUCCCAGGAAUUCUCCCAUCCCAAUCCCAGCAGAAUCUGGGAAUUCUGCCAUCCCAGGCCCAAAAGGAUCCAGGAAUUCUCCCAGGAAUUCUCCCAUCCCAAUCCCAGCAGAAUCCGGGAAUUUUCCAAUCCCAGCCCCAGCAGGAUCCAGGAAUUCUCCCCUCCCAGCCCCAAAAGGAUCCAGGAAUUCUCCCCUCCCAGCCCCAUUCCCAGACUCUCCAGUCCCAUCCUGGCUCUGGGAUCUCCCUGUGCAGCCUCCAGGCCCGGCUGGAGGAGCUGGAAAACCAGGUGCGGACGCUGGAGCGGGAGCGGGAGCAGCAGGGGCGGCUGCUGGAGGAUCUCCUGCACAACUCCCACAGGAGCCAGGGAAAGGUGGAGGAGCAGCAGGAGAAGGAGAAAAUCCCAUCCUGGAGCCAGGACACGGCAGGGGAUCAUCCUGGAUCCCGGGAUCACCCCAAACCCCAGGAUCAGCCUGGAUCCCAGGCAGCGCUGCAGCAGCGCCUCUGCCGGCAGCAGCGGGAGCAGCAGCGGCUGCAGGAGGCCGUGGCCAGCCUGGAGAGCAGCCUGGGGCAGCGGGAGCAGCUCCUGGAGCAGGAGCGCCGCCGUGCCGCCGCCGAGCGCUGCCGGGCGGAUUCGCUGCGGGAGGCGCUGGAGGAGCAGCGCCGGCUCUCGGCCCAGCUGCUGGCCAUGGAGCGGGCGGCGCUGGCCGAGGCCAAGGGCUCGUGGCUGGACGAGCAGCAGGCGGAGCUGCGGGAGCGCUCCGGGGAGCGGCGGCGGCUGGCGGCGGCCUGGGCGGAGCUGCGCACCCGGGAGCGGCUCAGCCGGGAGCGGCACGAGCAGGACCGGGAGCGAGCCCUGGCCGCGGACGAGGCGCUCAGGAGCCUGGCCAAGGAGCAGGCAGAGCUGAAGUUCCGGAGCCGGGAGCUGAGAUCGAAGGAGGAGCAGCUGGAGAGGGACAGGGAGGAGCUGGAGGAGGCCUGGAGGGAGCUGAGGCUGCACAGGGAGAAGGUUCUGCGGGCCCAGCAGCGCCUGCGGGAGCGGGAGGGGCAGGUCCAGGCCCUGGCCCAGCAGGGCCAGCUGGCUCUGCAGGAGGCUCGGGGGGCUCAGGCCCAGCAGCAGCAGCGGCUGCAGGAGCUGCAGGAGCAGCAGGAGCGGCUGGGCCAGCAGGAGCAGCGCCUGCAGCAGGACCGGCUGGGCCUGGCCCGGCAGCAGGAGCAGCUGCAGCAGCUGCGGGACGAGCUGAGCCCCGUCACCAUCACCGGGCUGGCCCCCCCGGUGCCCCCCCUGCUCCUGCCCCCCCUGGGGAGGGUCCUGGGGGGCAGCGGGGACCCCCCGGGCUCGGCCGCGCUCUACGGACACGUCCUGCUGCUGAAACAGCGCGCCAGGAGGGACCACGAUUUCCUGGAGAACGAGCGACUUUUCCUGGAAUCCCUGAAAAAAGGGCCCUGAGCCCCCCCUGCAGCCCCGGGGACGGAUUCACACAGAAAUGUAUUUUUGUACAAAUAAAUUCUCUGCUGAGAGACCCCCCUGCCGUUCCCGGGGGUGGCAAUGUGGGGUCUGACCCCGGGACACCCCAAAAAAUCCCAGCCCUGCCCUGGGGUGACCCCACAGCUGCUCCUUUUGGGAUCUUUCCCCAAAUCCGGGCUGGCCUUGCCCCACUCCCCACCCCCAGCGAGAGCCCCGGGCGAGAUUCCGAGGGGAUUUUGGGGAGAAAUUCCUGGGGCGGGUUUCCCAGAGCGGCUGCGGCUGUCCCGCCCCGGGCUGGAAACUCUGGAAUUGCGGGUCCUGUUCCUGGGGCUGGGAACGGGUGAAAUCCCUGGAAUUCCUGGAAUUCCGGGUCCUUUUUCUGGGGCUGGGAACGGGUGAAAUCCCCAGAAUAGCGGGUGCUUUUCCUUGGAACAGGUCUGGAA